AACAACUACGUCAUAACAGCGGAAAUUUUGACAUGUGUUUGCGUUCUAACUCUUCCCAAUUCUUCAAUAAAAUGAUGUAAAUAUGAUUUGAAAGAAAUAACACGUUGACUUUGUCGACCAUGGAGGGGCUGGGGAUGUCUGCCAUGAUUCCGGCGCUUCAAGAGCUUGCCAGCGCCAGCCCGGGGGAAUACGACGAAGCUGUUAAGAAACCGCGACAGAUUCUGUGUCAGUUCAUUGACAGGAUUCUGACUGACAUUGACGUCGUGUCCCUCGGACUGAAUAAGAAGUCCAGUUCAGAGCCUGCCUGCGUCAUGCUGCUGGACUUUGUGCAGCACAUCAUCAAGUCGUCGUCGCUCAUGUUUGCCAACCCUGCCUGUCAGCCCGCGGACUACCCGGAUGCCACACAGAGCUGUAUUGACUUCAACAAGUGGGUGUCGCUUCGUCUACUGCGCGUCGCUGCCGCCCCGGACUGUAGCGCCAUUCACGGUCGGGCGCGCACAGCCCUCUGCUCCCUGCUUCACUCCCUGUUGGUCCGAGCGCCCUUUAUCUUCGCCCGCCUGGCUCACGACCUUCUCCUCCUUGUCCGCGAACUCAGCGUCAUCCUGCGCACCCAUGUGACUACCCUCUCAUUCAGCCUUUGGCCCGCUGAUCUCCCAUCCUUUACAGCCUCCCCGCCGUGCGCCCACCUCACCCCUUCGCCCCUUGUUCUCGCUUCCCCGUCGGCGUUGGAGUCACUCACUGCGGCCACGUUGUAUGUUGUUGCCGACACCGUCCGGGGCGUGAUAUCCACCCGGGACCUGAGGACAGCUUGGGAGACUGCCUGCGAUAUCCUGGCUCACGGUAACGCACGGCUGAGGAUGGUCGCCAUGGCAAUGCUGAGGCGGCUGGUGGAGCUGAAGGGCUUCCCAGAAGCGCAAGGACACCAGUUCUUUGCCGCCUACCUUCACGUGCUGGAGACGCACACUGGAGGGUACGAGGGGGAGCUGCUAGGUCUGACCCAGUGCGUUUUUCGUCAGGGCAGCCCCCACCUAAAGCCCACCUACCUGGCGCAGGUGUGCGAAAGUGUCUGCACCCUGGCGGAGGCCCAGUGUUCCGAUGCAAGAACACUGGAGGCAGGCACUACCUUGGGGACAGAGGUUACUCAAUCCCUGUGUCAUGCAUUGAGUUUGGGACUGUCGGUCGCCCAUGGUUUCGAUAGCGCCGGCCUGCUGCUGAGCAGGCGAGUAGCUGAGGUCUGCGAGAUGCUGGCGUGCACCGUGGGGACAGAGACUCCAGCAGAAUGUGCGGAGGGAUUCCUGAAAGCCGCACUGAAAGCCGAGGUGGCCGCACUGAUGCCAAAAGCCGAGGAAGAGCCCGUGCCACCCAUUAAAGUCCGCAAAGUAGCCUGUGGGACACCGAAAAUGUUGAACCUAGGUGGUGGCAGCCGGGUAUGGGCCACGCUCAGCCACCGCUUGGAGGAGCUCUUAGCGCUGUUCAACCGCGAUGGAGAAGAAGCUGAGAACACCCAUAGACUGGCUGCACUUCGUGGCGUCGGGCUCAUCCUCAGGCUUGCUGCCAUUUGCUCCACAUCCACAGGAUCAGCUUCUCUCCUCUGGGUAACUGUUGAGAAUCUUGGCCAGACAUUGCAGAUCUGCCAGUCAUUGCUUGAGAGAGGGGCUGACCCCAUCUCCAACCAGAUAUACUACACCUCUGCCCUCCAGAUUUCUUUGGAAGUGCUUGACUGUGUCCUCUACCUGACUGUGCGCAACCAGAGUGAGGAUGCGCUCCAGCAGCGGGCAUGUGCACUCCUGACACUCCCCUGGGUGCAGGAGCACAAGUUGGGUUCGGCCUACCAAAGUUCUGGAUUGCCCUCUUGGGUUGCCGCCUUGGCUCAGAGGCUCCACUUUUGCUUCUCCAGCGAGGUUCAGGCGAAGUGUGUGUCUUUGGUGGCGUGCUUGCGUGGAGGAGUGUGCGAAACCUGGCGCGCGUUUGUGUUCUCGGCGGCCAUGCAAAGUCCAGACGAGGUUUUGAGAGUGGCAGCUGUUCGGGCCUUUCCCAAUCUGCUUCACCACCUAGAAAACUCAAGACACAAUCUCAUUACCUCCACAGGCUUAUAUACCCGUCUGGAGGACGCUUCGGAGAAAGUCCAAAUGGCUCUGGCUGGGAUCACAGGCCAGCUGAGCUGCGUCCAGUCAGGGCUUUCGCUACUUAGCGACGACGCGACUUCUUCCCAAGAACUCGUAUGCUUGCGCCUCCGCUUGACCGACGAGCACCCCAGCGGCGUGCCCCCGACCCUGACGGCAUCCUUUGUCAAACCUUUUCUGCCUCUGCUCGAAGCAGGAGCCCCAAGUAGUGUGAAAAAAGCGUUCCUGGAAGCGCUCCCUCACAUCUGCCAACACGUGCGUCUGGGCGAUGGUGGCGACGACUCCCGGAAGCUUCUUUGCGCUCUGGUCAGCCUCAUGGAGGAUUCCGAUGCUGGAGUCAGGACGGGACUUGGACGAUCUGUGCGCUUCUUGCUCACCGAGUCCACCACACCCACUUCUGAUCACGGCACUGUUAGCGAGUUGCUGGUCGCUCGACUGAAAGAGGCGUUCAACACCGCCAAAGCCAACAGGGACAUCGGCCUGCGUCACACUCUCAUCUUCACUACCGCAGAGAUCGGCAGAGCCUCUCAGGGUAGCUUGGUGUCCUUCUCCCUGCUGCAUCUGCUCCACUUUCUGCUGUCCAAGUCAUCGUCCGUGUCAGUGGCUGCCUACACUGAGAUCCGAGCGCUGGCGGCCUCUAAAGGAAUCAAACUACAGACGCUCUUCAGUCAGUACAAGAACCCAAUUUGUCAGUUCCUUGUGGAGUCUCUGCACUCGCGUCACUCGUCAAUUCAGCGCGGCACGCCGCUAGAGGGCAGUGAGUCGGCCAAUCAGAGGGAGCUGGCCCUUGACAUCCUGGCUCAAAUUGCGCACGCAUUCGACUUCCCGGACCUCCACCGCUUCCUGUCUCGGACAUUGCAAGUGCUAUUGCCAUACUUAGCCGCCAAAGCUAGCGUGACUGGCUCCGCCCUCAUCCGCACGUUGGCCAAUGAGCUGAAGGCCAACCGGCGGGAGAUACUGAUCAACAACUUCAAGUACAUCUUUAGCCACUUGGUCUGCUCCUGCACCAAGGAGGAGUUGGAGAAGGCCAUCCACUACCUGCAGAGCGAGACGGAGCUGGAGCUGGGCUCCCUUCUGCGCCAGGACUUUCAGGGUCUUCACAACGAGCUGCUGCUGCGCUUAGGCGAGCAAUACCAGCAGGUUUUCAACGGCCUGGCCAUCCUGGCCUCCUUCGCAUCCAACGAUGACCCCUACCAAGGUCCUCGAGACAUUACCACCCCGGAACGCAUGGUAGACUACCUGCAGCCCAAACUGCUGGGCAUUCUUGCCUUCUUCAACAUGCAGUUGCUCAGCUCAAGUGCGGGAGAGAAGGACAGGAAGAAGCUGGCCCUGACCAGCGUGAUGGCUCUAAUGAGGCUUAUGGGCUCCAAACACAUCAGCUCAGUGCGAGUGAAAAUGAUGACCACGCUGCGCACUGGCCUGCGCUACCGAGAAGACUUUCCUCUGCUCUGCUGCCAAACAUGGGACUGUUUCGUAAGGAGCGUGGAGUCGGCGCAUCUGGGCCCUUUGCUGAGUCACGUCAUUGUAGCUCUCCUGCCGCUCAUCCCGCAGCAGCCCAAGGAGACCGCCGCCAUCAUUCGCUUCCUCAUUCUGGACAACAGGGAAGAAGUCAACGACUACCUCCAUGAGAUUUACUUCCUUCCGGACCAACCUGAACUUAAAGACAUCCAUGUUGUGCUUCAGAACUACAAAAAGCUGGCAGCCAGCAAUAGCGACCUGGCGUCCACGCUUCAGCUGUCUAUGAGAGCUGUUCAGCACGAGAACGUUGAUGUCCGCAUCCACGCGCUGACCAGCCUGAGAGACGUCAUGCACAGCAACCAGGAGUGGCUGCUGAGGCAGGUGUGCGCAAGUGAAUCUGUGGAGCCAGUCAUUUCCAGCCUUGUGUCAGUGCUCCUGAAAGGCUGCCAGGACUCGUCGCCCGAGGCCCGACUACUGUGCGGCGAGUGUCUGGGCGAGCUUGGUGCUGUCGAUCCGGGUCGACUGGACCUGUCGCCAGCACACACCCACGGCGACGGCAACACCUUUGUGAGCGGUGUGGAGGACCCCAAAUUCGCUUAUGACCUGCUGACCGAACUCACACGAACCUUCCUGGCUUACGCCGACAACGUCCGAGCGCAGGACUCUGCUGCUUAUGCCAUGCAGGAGCUGCUCUCCAUCUUCCAGUGUCGCGAGGGUCGGCUGGAUUCACCUGGACGACGACUGUGGAGGAAAUUCCCAGAAUACGUCCAGGAGAUACUGGAGCCCCACCUUAAUAGCAGGUACAAAAGCAGCCAAAAGGAGGUGAACUGGUCAGAACUGAAGAAGCCCAUCUUCCUCAGUAAUCAGGGUGGCAAAUUCUCUGACUGGGCUGCUACAUGGGCAGCUUACCUCAUCAGCAAAGUGCGUCACGAGCUGGCCAGCCGAGUGUUCACCUGCUGCAGUUUUAUCAUCAAGCACGACUACAAGGUGACAAUCUACCUGCUUCCUCACGUGCUGCUCUACAUGCUGCUGGGCUGUACGCCAGCUGAGCAGAAGGAGGUGACAGAAGAGAUGCUGGCUGUGCUGACAGAGAAUGAGGGGCGUGUCCAGGAGGCGCCCUCUGGACGAUGGCAGCUCAGCACUCAAACAGUCUUCAGCAUGCUUUCUCACCUCAGCCAGUGGAGCCGCCACAUCCUCUACACCAAGCCCAAACACAAUGAGAGUGGCGAAUACCAGCGCGUGGUGGCCUUCCUCAAGGGCAUCCCGCAGGAUGUUAUGGCCAAGGCCUCACAACGCUCCAAGGCCUACACACGGGCACUCAUGCACUUUGAAGCCUACAUCAUGGAGAACAAAGAGAAUAUCCAGGACCACCUCACCUUCCUGCAGACGUUGUACGCCGCCAUGCACGAGCCCGACGGCGUCAGAGGGGUGAACGCACUGAGGCAGGAGGAACCGUCACUCAGGGAGCAGAUCCUGGAACACGAGAGCAUCGGGCUGCUGCAGGAUGCCACCGCAUGCUACGACCGCGCAAUUCAACUUGAGUCUGACCAGAUUGGCCACUUUCAUGGCGUCAUGACAUCACUGUUGGGCUUGGGCCAGCUGUCCACUGUCAUCACGCAGGUCAACGGAGUGCUGGCCGACAAGCACCAGUGGACCUCGGAACUGAACGCCUACAGAGUGGAGGCUGCCUGGAAGCUGGGUAAAUGGGAUCUGCUGGAGGAUUAUUUGAGUUCAGACCUCCAGUCCAGUACGUGGGGAGUGCGACUGGGCCAGUUGCUGCUAGCAGCCAAGAAGCAAGACAAUGCCGCCUUCUUUGAUAAGCUGAAGCUCGUCCGUAAGGAGCAGGUGGUCCCGUUGUCGGCAGCCAGCUAUGAAUGCGGAACUUACCAGAGAGGAUACGAGUACAUUGUUAGAUUGCACAUGCUGAGCGAGUUGGAGCACACGUUCACAGAGGGUAGCUCUGCCCCCGCCUUGAGUAAGCUCCCCUCCCAUUGGUCCGAUCGGCUGGAGAUGACCCAAAACUCCUUCCGGGCUAAAGAGCCCAUCCUGGCCCUCCGUCGGGCCCUGCUCAGCCUGCAGUCCAAGCCUAUAAACCAGAAGCUGGUGGGUGAGUGCUGGCUGCAGAGCGCCCGGGUGGCCAGGAAGGCCGGACACCACCAGACGGCCUUUAACGCGCUCCUGAACGCAGAGAACACUUACCUGGCUGAGCUCCUCACCGAAAAAGCCAAGUGGCUUUGGUCCAAGGGCGACGUACACCAGGCGCUGAUUGUGCUGCAGAAGGGCGUGGCCCAGUGCUUUCCCGAUGAAAAUCCCCCAUCGGACCCUCACCACAGGCAGACCAAAGGCAGAGCCAUGCUAUUGGUGGGCCGCUUCAUGGAAGAAACGGCAAACUUUGAGUCCAACGCCAUCAUGAAGGCCUACAAGGAUGUGACCACUCUUCUGCCUGAGUGGGAAGACGGCAACUUCUACUUGGCCAAGUAUUACGACAAAGUCAUGCCCAUGGUUACCGAGAACAAGCUGGAGAAGCAAGGGAACCUCAUCAGAUACAUUGUCCUCUACUUUGGAGCAGCGUUGCAGUUUGGGAACCAGUACAUCUACCAAGCAAUGCCCCGAAUGCUCUCCCUCUGGCUUGACUUUGGAGCCAAAGUGUGUGAAUGCGAGAAAGCCGGACGGGCCGACAGGAUGAUGCGUCAAGAGCUUUCCAAGAUCAACACGGUGGUGGGCGAGCAGUGUGCCAAACUGGCUCCUUACCAGUUCCUCACCGCCUUCUCGCAGCUCAUCUCCCGCGUAUGCCACUCCAACAAUGACGUCUUUGCCGUCCUCACGACCAUCGUGGCCAAAGUCUUCUUGGCGUACCCGCAGCAGGCCAUGUGGCUCAUGACGGCCGUGUCCAAGUCGUCCUAUCCUACCCGCAUGAACCGCUGCAGUCAGAUCCUGAAGAAAGCUAUCAGCCUCAAACCGUCGUUGGACAAGUUUGUCAGUGACGCCAACAGACUCACAGACAAACUGGUGGAGCUCUGUAACAAACCGGUGGACAGCAAUAGCAGCACGCUGAGCAUGAGCGUCCACUUUAAACAGCUAAAGCGUCUGGUAGAGGAGCCCACCUUCAGUCAGAUUCUCAUCCCGCUGCAGUCCGUACUCAUCCCCACGCUGCCCUGUACUGGCGGGGCUAACACUGACACUCACGAUGCCUUCCCGGGACACUGGGCCUACCUGUCCAGCUUUGAAGAUCAGGUGGAGAUCUUGACCUCCUUGCAGAAACCAAAGAAGAUUAGUUUGGAGGGCUCUGACGGGCGGAGCUACACCAUGAUGUGCAAGCCCAAAGAUGAUCUGAGGAAGGACUGCAGGCUCAUGGAGUUCAACUGCCUCAUUAAUAAGUGUUUGCGUAAAGAUGCCGAGUCGCGCCGUCGCGAGCUGCACAUCCGCACCUACGCCGUCAUACCCCUCAACGAAGAGUGCGGCAUCAUCGAAUGGGUCAACAACACAGGGGGGCUCCGGCACAUUCUCACCAAGCUGUACAAAGAAAGAGGCAUCUACCUGUCCGGCAAGGAGCUUAGGAAGCUAAUGCUACCCAAGACUGCCCCACUGGAGGAGAAGCUUCGCAUCCACAAGGAGGUGCUUUGCGCACGACACCCGCCAAUCUUCUAUGAGUGGUUCCUGCGAACGUUCCCUGACCCCACGUCGUGGUACAGCAGCCGUUCCGCGUACUGCCGCUCCACCGCCGUCAUGUCCAUGGUGGGCUACGUCCUCGGCCUGGGGGACCGCCACGGCGAGAACAUCCUCUUUGACUCCUUCACGGGGGAGUGUGUGCACGUGGACUUCAACUGCCUCUUCAACAAAGGGGAAACGUUCGACGUGCCCGAGGUGGUUCCGUUCCGUCUGACCCAGAAUUUAGUGCACGCCAUGGGACCAAUGGGCAUCGAGGGUCUCUUUAGGCAGGCCUGCGAAGUCACGUUGAGGCUAAUGAGGGACCAGCGGGAGCCACUCAUGAGUGUCCUAAAGACUUUCCUUCACGACCCGCUGGUAGAGUGGAGCAAACAAAGCAAAGGACUUUGCAAAUCCCAGGCCAAUGAAACUGGAGAGAUCGUCAACGAAAAGGCAAAAACGCACGUGUGCGACAUUGAGCAGCGUCUCCAGGGUGUAAUCAAGAGCCGUAACAAAGUUCUUGGACUUCCUCUGUCCAUCGAGGGCCAUGUACACUACCUGAUUCAGGAGGCCACCGACGACAAGCUGCUUUGUCAGAUGUACCUGGGCUGGGGACCUUACCUGUAAAGCGUAUUCUACUGUACCUUUUUUCACAUUCGCAUCCUCUGUUUGGAUGGUUAUGGUUAUGUUCCUGUAAUUA